CCAGCUGCAAGCUAAUUAAAGUUGCGACAGAACGCAGCCAGUCGCCAGUAGUCCGCCAGUUCUGAACGGAGCAAUUUCCAGCAGGGAGUGUUUGUAAUCCUGGUACCGGUACCCGAGAGUGAGUCGUACACGAAAAAGGGCUUAGAAAGGUGUCGACUGAUAAAUACCCAGUUCCCAUUUAUUGUUAACUUUGGUGACUGCAAGGUGCUACUUUAGAACUUUAUUUAUCAAAAUGAUGAGCUUUUUAGAAAUAUCUCUAGUAUAUAAAUAUAGCCAAAGUCAAAGUUAAUAGUUGCCAUGCACUAGGAUUUAUUGUUGCAACUCAUUCCUCAAAGCUGAUAUAAACUGCAUAUACCCUUGUUCUGCACACAUCCAGGAUACCACAAGGCAAAUAUGUCCUGCAAUGAGAAGACAGCGCUUCUGGCAACGCAACAAGGACAUCAGAACCGGCAGCAACAGCACAUCAUUGUCGUGUCCGCGACGGGGAAGGAUUCAAAGGAUUAUGAGCCCAUUUUCACAACUGCUGACUAUUCCUACGGUCUGACGCUCGAGGAGCUGCUGCCCUUCGCUCUGGAUCCCUGGUGGCAGACCGUGCGGCGCCUCAGCUGCGGGGUCCUGGGCCUGACUUUCCUGCUGACCCUGAUUGCUGGACUGGUUAUGGCCUAUUCCGCCAGUGUCUGUCAGCCAAAUAGAGCAAUUAGCGGAAACGCGACCACGACAACGAUGGCCACGCCACUAUCCUUGGCUCUCAACGGCUCGCAGCUGCUGAUGGCCAGUUUAUAAUGGCCGCAAGCUAAUCUGCGUAGCAUUUUGGAGAUGCCGCAAUCCACCGUGCGGAAUUGCAUCAGCCGCAUCAGCUGGCACUAUUAGCAUUUGUUUGGCUUGCCGGUAAUGGAUGCGAUUCCUCCCCCAUCCUCCCUACUCUCUACCCCAGUGGCUAGUUGAGCGAUAAGCGACGCAUCGCGGAAUUGAUUUGUUGUUGAAUAAUUAUACUGAUUAAUUUAUUUGCUAUACAACCCCCAACUCGUAGUGUAAAAAGUAUGCAACAGUUAUAAGGAAGCGUUUGCGACCCUAAUAGGUACACAUAUGUCGCAUAGUUAUUGAUUUGGUAAAUCCAAUAAAUAUGAAUAUUUUCUUGA